AUGGGGCCCGUUGUGUCAUCGGCACCAUUCAUGCCCCCUAUAGACGCAGUUGAAAGGUGUAGCGUCUUUUUGUUUGGUGACCUUACUGGCCCAUUCGAAGAUGAUCUGCGACAAUUGCUUCAUUGCAAGAACAAUGCGGUACUUCAAGCUUUCUUCGACCAGGUGAAUCUUGGUUACCGACAAGAAUUUGCUGCCCUACCAGCUGAACAGCAAGAAUGGCUACCAAGAUUCACUGAUCUUGUAGACCUCGUGUCAAAUCUUGACGGUACGACUGGAGCACAUGUGCUGAGAUUUAGCCUUCUCUGCGUGUAUCAGUUGGGUCGUUUCAUAUUAUCAAAUUCGUAUCCUGAAGCUACUACCUCAACGUUGAUCGGCGUGUGUACUGGUUCUUUUGCAUCAGCAGCGGUAUCAUCGUCGCAAACGAUGGCAGAACUGGUUCCUGCUGGUGUGGAGGCCGCACUUGCGGCGUUCAGAACAGGACUGCAUUCUUUCAAAAUGCAGCGAGAUAUUGAGCCCAUAUCGACCGAGGGAGCUCGGUCAUGGUCAUUCAUCGCCAACUUGACGGAGUCACAAGCUCUCAAAGCCUUGGAAGAUUUCGGCUCUGAAGCACAUCUACCACAAAAUCAACGACCUUAUAUUAGCGCCAUCUCCCCAUCUGGAGUGUCAAUCAGCGGACCUCCUCGAAAUCUACACCGCCUGAUUGAUGCCUAUUCCGUUAAGGCACAUUUGAUCCCGAUCCACUCUCCUUAUCAUGCGCCUCAUCUGUAUGGACAAGACGAGGUUGAAGAAGUUCUGGGGUGCCUUCGAAACGAGGAUUUGAGAGAUUAUCGCCAGAAAAUUCCAAUCCUGUCUAUGGCGACAGGCGCUGACACGCCAGCCCAGGAUUUCCAAGGGCUGCUGCGUCAAGCCGUCAGAGAAUGUCUUCGGGAGCAAGUACGAUGGGACAAGGUUUGCAACGCGCUCAAAUCUCGCCUCUCACAAUAUCCGUCCUUGAGAUCAUGUACAGUGGUCCCAGUGACAUCGAAUGCAGCUUCUUUGCUGUGCACCUCUCUUCAACAAGAGUCGCAGUUAAGUGUAGCCAUCUCGCACACGCUGAACACCAAGGUUGAGCGUGGAACUACGGGUCCAGCACCAGGAAAAUUCCAGGACUCAAAAAUUGCCAUUGUCGGUUUUUCUGGUCGUUUCCCUGAAGCGGCCUCGAACGAUGAGCUCUGGAAGGUGCUCCAAGCGGCUCGGGACUGCCACCGCACCAUUCCCGAGGAUCGCUACGACUGGGAGGCACACUUCGAUGCCGACGGCAAGAAAAAUCAUUCUCGAGUCAAAUUUGGCUGUUUCAUCAACGAACCAGGUGUUUUUGAUGCGCGAUUCUUCAACUUAUCGCCUCGGGAGGCCGAGAACACAGACCCAGCGCAGCGGCUAGCGCUAAUGUCAGCGUACGAAGCCAUGGAAAUGGCAGGACUAGUACCUGACCAGACGCCGUCCACGCAGCGUGACCGCAUCGGCGUUUUCUUUGGCGUGACAAGCGAUGACUGGCGAGAGGUGAAUAGCGGACAGGAUAUCGACACAUAUUUCAUCCCCGGAGGCAAUCGGGCAUUUGUGCCAGGGCGUAUCAGCUACUUCUUCCGCUUGUCCGGGCCUUCCAUCUCUGUAGAUACAGCUUGUUCGUCAAGCUUUGCGGCCAUCUCGACAGCAUGCAACUACCUCUGGCAAGGCGAUUGCGAUUCAGCUAUUGCGGGCGGCACCAAUGUGCUCACAAAUCCAGAUAACUUUGUCGGCCUCGACCGCGGCCACUUCCUUUCCACCACAGGAAACUGCAACCCUUUUGACGACUCAGCAAGCGGAUAUUGUCGCGCAGAUGGAGUGGGUGCAGUAGUAUUGAAGAGGGUUGAGGAUGCUGUCGCUGAUGGUGACCCUAUCUUUGGGGUCAUUGCAGGGUGCAGCACUAACCACUGCGGGCAAACUGUGUCGAUCACUCGGCCCCAUGAGGGAGACCAACUGUCUCUGUUCAGGCGGAUUUUGCGGCACACCAACACCGACCCGACAGAUGUUAGCUAUGUCGAGAUGCAUGGGACAGGCACCCAGGCGGGCGACGCUGCUGAGAUGCGCUCGGUGCUAUCUGCCUUUGCCUGGGACGACAGACGGAGCAGCAUGCAGCCAACAAGGCCACUGCAUUUGGGAGCAGUCAAGGCGAACAUCGGCCAUUCGGAAUCGGCCUCAGGUGUGACGGCGUUGAUCAAGGUGCUGAUGAUGAUGCAGCACAGUGAAAUCCCACCGCACCGCCUGGACGGCGUGUUGAACCGCAACUACCCAGAUGACAUGGCGGAGCGCAAUGUGCAUAUUCCCUUCCAAGCGACGGCAUGGCGGCGGGACGACUGUCCGGGGAAAAAGCGGAUGGCGUUUCUCAACAACUUCAGUGCGGCGGGAGGAAACACGGCCGUGCUGUUGGAAGACGCGCCGCUCCAGCGCCAAGUCACGUGUCAGCCCGAUGCACGUGACGUGCUGCCCGUCGCUGUGACUGCUAGAACUAGCGAAUCGCUUAUAUACAAUCUCCGCGCCCUGAUCGACCAUCUCCAACGUUAUCCAGACGUCCCGCUGCCAGCACUCUCAUAUACCACCACUGCUCGCCGGGCGCACCACAGGUUCCGCGUGCUCGUUUCGGGUGCCAAUGUCGAAGCCAUCACUUCUGCGCUGCAGCGUCGUGUGGACGAUGGAGAAUCUAUCAAGGCUGUCAAGCCCGUGCCGCCCAAUAUCGCUUUUGUCUUCACAGGCCAGGGCACUCUGUAUGCUGGCAUCGCGAAACAACUUUAUCAUCAUGUCGCCGUGUUCCGUAGCGACCUGGAGCGCUUUGAUCGCAUCGCGCGCUGCCAUGGCUUCCCAAGCUUCCUGUCUCUGGUCAGUGGCGCUGAAGGAGAUAUUGAUGCGCAUACCGUUGAUCCUGUUGUGGCGCAUCUAGCUGUUACCUCCGUGCAAAUGGCCCUGUCACAUCUUUGGAGGCUGUGGACAGGGGAGCCCUCGUGCGUGACCGGCCACAGCUUGGGCGAAUAUGCUGCACUGUACACGGCCGGCGUCUUGUCCGCAAGCGACACUAUUUACCUCGUAGGAAGUCGUGCACAGUUGCUGGUCAAGCACUGCUCCAGAUCCACGCAUACAAUGCUUGCGGUCAAGGGACCCGCGACCGUGGUCGAGGACGCUGCCGACUUGGCGGGCUUGGGUUGCGCGAUUGCCUGCAUCAACUCCCCAGUGAGUACGACAAUUAGCGGGCCCAGGGAAGGCAUUCAAAAUUUGUCCAAACUAUUGCAAAACAACAAAAUUGAUGCAGUGCCUUUGGAUGUGCCUUACGCGUUUCACUCCUCACAGGUGGACCCUAUAUUGGACGAAUAUGAGCACCUAGCCAAUUGUGUACACUUUCACGAGCCUACUAUUCCAUACAUGUCUCCCUUGCUAUCCGAGACGGUGACUGGAACUGGCAUCCUCAACGCCUCUUACCUGGUACGGGCGACUAGGCAAUGCGUCAACUUCCACGGAGCCAUCGACGCCGCGCGCGAGACCAAGAUGGUGAAUGACAGUACCAUAUGGCUUGAGCUCGGAACGCACCCAGCUUGCUCUACCAUGAUCAAGCAAACUAUUGGAGCCCAAGUAGUCACUGUAUCUACUCUAAGAAGAGAUGGAAACACAUGGAAACUCGUUGCACAAGCUCUUGAUACCCUGUACCAUUCAGGGACUGAGGUACAGUGGAGCCAGUUCCACCAUGGCUUUUCGGCUGCUCAACGAGUCCUUUCUCUACCCAGUUAUAAAUGGUCACUCAAGCGCUAUUGGAUACAAUACCGCCAUAAUUUUUGCCUCACCAAGGGCGACGAUCCGCUCACAUUGAUUCCAAAGAAUUCCCCGCUUCCACUUCCGACCAGCCCUGUAGAAACUUUAUCGUCAUCUGUUCAUCGCGUCAUCGAGGAGACCACCUCUACCGAGGCUGCAACCUUGCUAGUUGAGUCUGAUUUGCAUGAUAAUCGAAUGUCUCCCAUCAUUUCUGGACACAAGGUGAACACGGCCAUGCUAUGCCCAUCAUCUUUGUAUGCCGACAUGGCCUUCACCAUUGCCAAACGCAUGCUCAAGGCCAAUGACAUGCUCCACGAAAUGACGGGCCUUGACUGUAGUACAAUGAACAUCAAGCGCCCGUUGAUCAUGCGUCCUGAUGCUACUUCUCAACUGCUGCGGGUAUCUGCAGAGGCUAAAUGGCUCGAGAACGUGAUACAUUUGACCUUUUUCAGUGUCGAUUCAAAUGCGCGCAUGUUGUCAGAACAUGCGACUUGUAGGGUGAAGGUCGUCCAAAAUCAGGCCUGGCAAAAGGAAUGGAAACGCGGUGCCUAUCUCAUAUCGAGCCGGAUCUCGUCUCUACACGAAGCUGUUGACAGAGGCAGCGCACAUAAACUGAAACGGGGUCUUGCUUACAAACUGUUCUCCAGUCUCGUUGAUUAUAGUCCAGAGUAUCAAGGCAUGGAACAAGUCAUUCUUGAUAGUGAAAGCCUCGAAGCCACAGCCCAAGUCAAGUUUCAGGUCGGCGAGCAAGGAUUUGACUGGAACCCUUGCUGGAUUGAUAGUCUGGGACAUAUCGCUGGGUUCAUCAUGAAUGGGAACGAGAAUGUGUACGCCAAGGAUCAGGUGUUCAUCAAUCAUGGCUGGGAUGCUAUGCGAUGUUCGAAGGUGGUUGAAUAUGGCAAGACAUACACUACAUAUAACCGGAUGCAGCUCGAGGCUGGCACCAUGUACGUUGGUGACACCUACAUAUUUGACGGCCAAGAAGUGAUUGCAGUGUUCGAAGGGGUCAGAGGCGUGAAUCGCUCAGUUCUAGACAGUCUUCUUCCGGGAAAAACCAGACCAGGGCUGACGAAAGCUGCUGAGGCUAGCCAGCUUAGUGGAGACACACUUCCCAAACCAGCCAAGCCGCGCAUUUCUCGCGCCUCUGAACCCAAAAUGUCACCCACGUCCACCAAAUCUCAGCCUAGCAAAGCCGCAGGGAUCAAGAAAAUCAUAUUAGAAGAAGCUGGGAUGACCGAAGAUGAACUUGAUCUGGACGCAGAGUUCAACGACUUGGGUGUAGAUUCGCUCCUCUCCCUUACCAUUGUUGGCCGCCUCCAAGACGAGUUAAGCAUCGAGAUGCCGACUUCCGCCUUUAUGGAACAUCCCACAAUAAGAGCCUUUAUAAGCUACGCUGGAGGUGAAGAGUCAUCGGGCUCAUCAUCAGCCCAGAGUGCAAGCUCAACGCCAGUCUUGACUGGAUUGAAAGACGAUGAGCAUUAUUUCACGGAUGCAACUUCGAUUAGUGAAGAUAGCGUUGAUUCGAACGUUGAUAUUGUAGCAAUCAUUCGAAAAAUCUUAUCAGAAGAGACGGGCACCAGUAUUGACGAGAUAUCGACCAACACCCCGCUCGCUGAGCUUGGAGUUGAUUCGCUUCUGGGGCUCACAAUCAUGGGCAGACUCUCCGAAGAAGUCGACAAAAAACUUCCCACGAGCCUAUUCGAUGAAAGCGAGACAAUUGGAGAUGUUGAAAACGCUCUAUGUGAUGCUGGUCUAGUUGAGAAGACCAAAAAAAGCAAAGUCGAGGUCAAGCGUCAGCAUAAGGCUCAAUCGACCACCAACAAAGUCGCAGAACCAGCCGUGGUUUCGGAACCGUCUUUAGAUCCAAGCGUGGAACCACAUGCAACUUCAGUGUUGCUUCAAGGAUCUUCCAAGCGAGCAAAGAAGAUCCUAUUCCUUUUCCCAGAUGGAGCCGGAUCCGCAACCUCUUAUCAUGCGCUCGCUGACAUCUCUCCGGACGUGGUCGUCUAUGGUUUAAAUUGCCCAUGGCUGAGGACGCCGCAGGAUCUUAAGUGUUCACUCGAGCACUAUGUUGCUAAAUUUCUCAUCGAAGUCCGCCGACGGCAACCUCAGGGCCCAUACCACUUCGGUGGUGUGUCUGCUGGCGGCAUUCUCGCAUACGAGGCAGCACAACAGCUCGAAAGCGUAGGCCAGAAGGUUGAUACUUUGAUAUUACUCGAUACACCCAAUCCAGUAGGAUUAGAAAAUCCGAAUUCACGAAUGUAUGACUUUCUGGAUAGCUUGGGUAUGUUCGGCAUGGGCGCAAAGCAGGCUCCCAAGUGGUUGCGUCCGCACUUCGACGCGUUUCUCACCUUACUCGACGCUUAUCAAGUGAGGAGGUUCGUAGGGCCAUCGCCGCCUACAACCCACAUCGUUUACGCUCGCGAUGGCAUGUGCAAGCACGAAAGCGAUCCUCGGCCGGAGAUACGCCCAAAUGAUCCACGUGAAAUGCUGUGGCUGAUAAACAAUCGCACCGACUUCACUGGCGCUGGGUGGAACUCUUUGGUGGGCAAGAUGAAUCUACGCGUCUCUGUUCUGGACGAUGUCAAUCACUACACGAUCAUGCAGCCUGGUCCACAGAUGCGGGAACUUGCCAAACGCAUUGCACACGCGUUGGAGGCAUGA